AUGGAGGCUCCGGGGACAGAGACGGAAUCAGCGGCACUGAAGGCAUUGGCUGAAGUGAGCACCAUCCUGGAACCUAUAGGCUUGCAGGAGGAAGCAGAGCUGCCUGCCCAGAUCCUUGCUGAAUUUGUGAUGGACUCUCGGAAGAAGGACAAGCUGCUGUGUAGCCAGCUGCAAGUAGUGGACUUCCUGCAGGGAUUCCUCAUGCAUGAGGACACUGCCCAGGGUCUGGACCCCUUGGCUUCUGAAGACAUGAGCCGGCAAAAGGCAGGUGAAGCCAAGGAGCACUGGAAGGAGCUCAAGGCCACAUACCAGGAGCAUGUGGAGGCCAUCACAAGUGCCCUGGCGCAGGCUGUGCCCCAGAUGGAAGAGGCCCAGAGGAAGCGGGCACAGCUCCAGGAUGCCCUUGAGCAGCUCCAGGCUAAGAAGCAAGUGGCCAUGGAGAAACUCAGAGCAGCCCAGAAGCAGUGGCAGCUGCAACAGGAGAAGCAUCUGCAGCAUCUGGCAGAAGUCAGGGAUCGUCAGAGAGGAACUCAGCAGGAGGUUGAGCGGCUAUAUCAGGAACUCAGAAGCCUGAAGCAUCAGGCAGGGCAGGAGCAACACAAGCUGCAGAGGUACCAGGCCUUCCUCCAGCUGCUAUAUACCCUGCAGAAUAAAAUGGUGUUCCCUGAGGCACAAGCAGAGCUGCAGCCGUGCAAGUUACCCCUCCACCUGGAUCCUCCUGAAGAUAAGCCCCAGCAGCUGACUUGGCCCCAGGAACGGAACAGUGGGGACAACAUGGUAGGAGAUAGGGGUGUGACCCCACAGGUGAAUGAGGGACAAGACAAAUGGGCGGAAAGGAGGGGACAGAAACUGGAAGUUAGGCCUUACCCACUGCCCAUACCAUGUCUUCCCAAGGUCAGCAGCCCACAACCUGCUGGACAUACGAGCUUGCCACAGCUCCUUGGGAGCCAGCAACAUGAGAAAGGAUUCCAGAGUAGGUGA